AUGUCUGCGAGUUCGCCGUCGGUGGGCGCCACAUGGAGCGAAUCAUCUCCAGAGUACGAGACGUGUCGCCAACAUGAGGGACAUGGUAACAGCAACAACACCAGCAGCAGCUUCAACCGACCUUCCACCGGAAGCAAUCCAAGUAAUGACGCACAGUCUUUCUCUCCCACGAGUGACGCAAGCUGGGGCUCGUCUCCCGCUCCGCAAAUCCAGGGCAGCUACAUGGACCUUUCGGAUACCAUUGCCACCACCACCACCACUACCACCAGCGCUAGCAUCACAUCUCCCCACAGCAACAGCAGCAUGUCUGCCUAUCCCGGUCACCAGCAGCAGCAACAGCAACAGGCAACAGAGCUAUCACAACACGGACUUACAGAUGCGUCCACGUGUCUACAAGGAACUGUUGAGACAGACACUCUCUUCAACAAUGCCAGUGGUGCUCCUCCUAACCAACAAACUCUGCCGAAUUUUGGCGUGGUCUGGACCUCAGCCCCGUCGUCAUCACAGCCAACCGUCAUCUCGGCUUCGUCCCCGUUUGUUGCCUCCCAUCAAGCUCAAUCAAGGUGGCACAACCUUCACCAGUACUCUGUCUCUGGUGAGCCGUUGUUGGACGAACCUCGGUUGUCCUCGUCCCUUUCCCUCGACAACAUGUCCGAAGGAGGCAUGUCUACCAUGCCCCCCAGCCCCAUCGACCCAUUCCACAAUAUUGGCGCUGGCACUGGUCACCACUCACUGCUUAUGGGGUAUGACGGCCUCCCCAGCCCUACGCAUAGCAGCUUCGGAGUUGGACCCUCUUCUACCAACGGCGGUGUCUCACUUCAGCACCAGCACCAACAGCAGCAGUACCCAUCAGUCAUGCUCAACGACAGCGGCCUUCCGUUUGACACCAAUGGCGGUAGUAACUUUUCACAUCACCCGUCCUCGUCGUCCUCCUCCUCCGGUGCCAGCGGUGGUGACGUUCUCUUCCGAGGCCCCAUUUCCAACCGCACGGUAUUCGACUACCCGCCUUCGGGUUCUUCACACCUUCAACAUGACACCCAUGUCGCCCUAAAGGCUGAGGGGCCAUUGGCUGUUGCGCCUACCUCUCUCUGGCUGAACAACCCUCACCACAAAACACCGACGCCCCAUCCCUCGCCUGAGUCAUCCCCCAUUGGUGCAAACAGCUUCUUCCAUCAGAACCAGAUGCCUCUGCCUCUUGACUUUGGCAGCAGCAACGCUCAUUUUGGAAGUAGUCCGCAUAUCAACACCAGCCAACUACACCCGCACUACGUCCAACAACAGCAGGCAAGCAACCGGGCACAACGCAAGUCCCUCCCUCACAGCCCCCCGCGUCGUGGAAUGGGCGGUGGUGGCCGGCCAUCCAGCCCCCGUUACAACCCCGCCGUCAUGGCAACCCGAGAGAUGCUCCCUUCUCAUCCCAACUCUCCUUCCAUUGCCUGGGCGCAUCACCAGGGACAGGGCCAUCCUCAUAGUCUUCCUCAUCAUCAUCCUUUGAUGAUGAAGCCAAACACCAUUCCCUCCCACCAUCACCAGCAACCUCACGCCUCACUGGCUUCCAUGUCCUCCCAAUCCCGCAGACAACAACCCUUCCACCACGGCGUCCACCCCUACCAUAGCCUGCCCUCCUCUAGUACCAAGCGUCGCAAUCAAGGUCAUCAAGAUCACGUAACCGACCAUCUCAAGCGCGCUAGAGCGGAACAAGACGCGCUGCUGGUGAAGCUUCGCAACCAAGGAAAGUCGUACAAGCAGAUUCGCCAGAUUGGACGGUUCACCGAGGCGGAGUCGACUCUCAGGGGACGGUAUAGGACUUUGACAAAGAGUAGGGAGCAGAGGGUUAGGAGGCCGGAGUGGACCGAUAAGGAUUUACGUCUCCUAGAAAAAGCCGUCCGCGAGUUCGCCAAAGGGCCAUUGAGCGUUACUUACUCCAACCCGUCCUCUUCCUCCUCUUCCGCUGGCCCACCUUCGACUACAACACCACCCACCGACGAAGCCAUGAGCAUCACUUCCCUCGUCUCCAGAGACACCACCAGCACCAGCACAUCCUCCACCACCUCCCCCUCUUCCUCCUCCUCCUCUACAACCCCACCAGCAGCCCCCAAAACAACUCCCAAAGGCAUCCCAACCACCACCACCAAAAUCCCCUGGAAGCAAGUCUCCCACUACAUCUUCUCCAAAGGCGGCUCCUACAAGUUCGGCAACGCCACGGUCCGCAAGCGAUGGGAGGAACUGAUGCGCGACCAGCUUGCAAAGGGCAAGGAUUUGCAAAAGCCGUUUUACGAGCAGCGGAGUAAGCGGAGUGCUUACCAUUUGCUUUCCCAAUCUCAGUCUCUGUCUCAGUCUGGCUCUCCUUCCGCUUCCGCUUCUGGGUUUGCUGCGUCCAACAACAAACGGGGUGCUGGUCAAGUACCUCUACAGAGAAGCCAGGGUCAGGGUCAGGGCAAGACUGCUGGUGCUGAGGACACCUCUAGGAGACAUGGAGAGAGAAACUCUAGUGCUGCUCAAAUCAAAAACGAGAGAGGAGGAGAAGAGGGCAAUGAGGAUGGGAAUCUGGCGUACUCGGAUUGGCUGGAUAUGAGUGCUCUAGGGGAUGAUGCUGAUGAGAACCAUACGAACCAUAAGGGCAACGGCACUGAUGGCGAUGGAGAAUAUGAGCUUUCUGAUGCGUCUGAUUCGGAAGAAGAGGAAGAAGAAGAGGAUUCGGAUGAUGAUUACAUGGAGGAGUGAUCGCCGUCGGCACAUCAUCCUCUUUCCACCCUCUCUCUCUCUUUUCCUACAGAUCGUUUUCACCUUCCGGUCUUCAUCUACCUGGUCUUCAUUCACCCUAAUCACAAACCUGUCGUCACUUGAUGGCUUUCCAAAUACGCGAGAAAAUUGUGUGUGUGUAUACAUACCUACGAGUUCCCUUUUCUGUACUUUUGUUAGUACCGUGCAGCCUUUUCUGUACCGAUACAAAACAGGAUGGGGCUCGUUAUAAGUAGGUCGGUACCACUACAAGCACAUACAGAUACACGCGCGCACGCAGGGAGAUCGACAAGCUGAUGAACAGACGACACUGGAAGGGCUCAGAUGGGUGAUGGUGGAUGAUACAUAAUAUGGUAGAUGGAGAGGUGAGGAAAGG